GUUGUAAGCAAAGAACUGACUUUUUGGAAGCAAGGUAAAGUAGCUUUCAACUUGACGAAAGAACAUAGUGCCUACUAGAGUACAGCCUAAGAAAGCAUAGAUUAAUUUAAAUCUUCUGGAGCUCGAUUGCUGGUAAUUAGAAAAACGACCCCAUAAUUGUGAGCUGGAGCCAGCUUUUUCCAAUUUUUAGAGUCUGCUUCCUACCGCCUUCCUAUUAAUCUUCAUGGUCCGUUCCUAUUUCCUUCCUACUAAUCUUCAUAGUCUGCUCCUUCUGUCUUCUGAGGAAGGGAGGGAGGUACUCAUAAUAAGAAAAACUAGUUUAAAGAACAGCUAACGGUUGACGCAUUCAUCUCAAUUUUCUACAAUCCUGUGUUUUCUGCUAUUUGUUUUGAUAGCAAAGAAGACAAAAACCAUUCUUAUUUUUGUUUCUUGAAAAUUAUGGGAGCUAAAAAAGCAGGGGGCUCUGGCGGAGGGUCGGCAUUCAGUUCAGCUGGCUCAGGCGGAGCGUUCUCUAGCGGAAGGUCGGCAUUCAGUACAGAGGGCUCCUCAACCCUCAUCAGUUCUUCUGCCUCUAGAAGAAGGAAUAAUUCGGGAUGGAGGAGGCGCGAUUAUUACUCGAGGGAGAAUAGGGCGCCAGUUCUUGAGCCGCACGAGCCUACUUCUAGAGAUUUCUGGAUUGCCGUUGUUGUUGUUCUCCCCCUCUUUGCGAUAUUUGGAUCAUUUUGGUUGAUGUUUGAUGCAUAUGGCUCUAAGAAAAUGGAAGUUGGACUCAACUCUUCCUAUUUAUUAAAAGCAAACGAACAGCUUGUUGAGAGCAUAUUAGUGAGAAAUAUUGAUCAAGUUCCAGGACUCCGCCUUUAUCUUUUUGAAAAUAAACCUUUAUUGAAUAAAACAAAAGAAUGGACUGCGGAACAUAAUGUUAUGGUUUCAGGAAAUCAUCAUAAGGAAUGGGCCUUUUGGCUAAACCAACGAUCUGAAGUAAAUAUGGUAUACAAGUUACCUUCCACAUCCAGCUUGUUCAUAAUUGUUGCAAAAGGAACAGCUCAGUUCAGUAAUUGGGUUAGUGAUCCAUCCAAUCCAGAUUCUUGCAGUUUAUGGAGACCUGUAAGUGGUCAUGGGACGGUUAGUUUUCAAGCUGUUAGUGAUAAUGAUUACUAUUUUGGAUUAGGAAAUCUUAAUGAAGAGAGUGUUGAAAUAAAAUUUUGUAUGGAGAUCAAAAGUAAAACAUAUGAGACAGAGACAGCAAAUUCUUGGUGUCCACUGGAUGUGAAAUCAUGCAAAAUUUUACCAUCACUAAGGGGCUCCAAGGUUGGCCUCUUGACAACUCCUGAUAAGCCACAGGAUGGUGUUGAUUUUUGGAAGGUUGAGGUCUCAUAUAGGACUCGCUGGCAGACAUAUCUCAUAUUUGAUGGUACUUUACUGUUUGCAGUAUUAUUCAUUUUGUACUUCAUUUGCAAGCCAAAAGGUCUGUCAAAUUUGUCUCCAGAGGAAACACCUUUGAAUUCACAACAAGAUGCACAUACUCGUUCUCAAGAAGCAAAUAUUGAUAGUAAUUCUGUUCAACACUUUGCAAAUGAAGGAGAGCCAAGGUCAUGGAUUGAUGAAAGAACUCAAUUCAUGGAAACCUGGUAGUACCCUAGUGAUUUAUCUUCAUCAGAUAGAAGGGAAUUAGUCAAUGGUUUACUCUUCCAAUUUUUUCGAUGGGAUCCUACUUAGGCAUGUAGAUAAAGACCAAGUACAUAUGUUACUCCAAGAGUUCCAUCAAGGAUUGUUCGGGGAUACAUUUUUUUUCUCUAUCACAACCACAAAUAUUAUGCAAGAUAGAUAUCAGUGGCCUACCAUGUUCACAGAUUGCCAUCAAUGGGUGAGAAAAUAAUAACGCCAAUUCUAUGUGCAAAAGAGUGGAAAUUGUCCCCUACCUAUCGGCCAUUUGGUCAGUGGGAUAUUGAAUUUAUUGGCAUGAUAAAUAUUAUUUACCAUGUAGGGUACAAAGGGAUUCUUACAUUAAUUGACUACUUAAUGAGGUGGAUAGAAGCAGUUCCAUUGAAGGAAGCCAUAAAGGCAGUAGUAGUUGAUUUUUUUUGUAAAGUAUUAUCUCAAGGUUUGGGGUUCCUCAUUCAAUUAUGUAAGACAAAUAAAAAGUGUUCAUUAAUGUAAAAUUAUUUGAAUUUUCUUUGA